CUUCGGUGUAAACGGAAGUGAUCAGUGACUAAGAACAGUUUCCACGCUAGCGUUUUUAUUGUAGUUAUUUAGACAUUUAUUAUUACCCUGGAACUCAAAAUAUGACUAAUUUAACUGCACAGCAUCAUAUACUUACUCCAGGUAGUGUUUAAUUCGCGUUGGAGACAGAACUUAGUUGAUAGAUCUUAUCUGGUUAACGUUUGCUAACAAUGGCUAACUGUAACAGUAACGUUAUGGUUUUUCACACUCAAAUAGCCUCCAUCAUGGAGGUGUUAGCGAAUUCAGCCGUGGCAGAUAUAUGUAAACUCGUAGACGACGACUAUGCAGUGUUUCGUUUGGAAAUAACUCAAAGCCAGAAAGAAAAUAGGACAUUGCGGAGGAAACUACAGUUACUGGAACUGAAGGUGGCACGGGAGCGCGCAGAGAGGACAACGCGAGAGCGCGUCCUCGCCAGUCCGAAUAGUGUCAAGAUCCUCGACCGAUACAGAGGAAUAGCAAGAGGUGAAGGACAUCUCAUUGGAGGCCACAGGAGCUUUGUGAAGCCAGCAGAACACAUCUCGUGGAGAGAUGACCAACCCAUAGCUGUAGAUGAGGGGAGUGGAACCUCAACCCAGCACAUUAUCAUGAUAGAGUCUGCAGAUGCAGAGGCUGCAGGUCCUGGAGGAUCGUCUCUGGUCAAGCAGAAGAGGACUGAAGGAGAGGAGGACCCACGACACAGCAGAGACAUCCAGACUGGAGCAGCGGCGGGAGUGGCGCCCCCUGUCGCCACAGAGGACAUUGCCACAGCGCCGCAGCCCAGGACCCAACGAUGCAUCACGGAGGAGGAGGAGGCUCCAGAGGUGAUGCCGGUCAAGGAGGAGGGGUGUGAGGAGGGUCUGGGGAACUCUGAGGGGAACAUGGUCAUGGAGGACAACCAGACUUCACCUCCUGAACCCACAGAGGAACCAGCUGAGCAGCACAGGACCACACACAGUCUCACUGAGUCAGUAGACAUGGAGGAUGGGAAGCCUGAUCUGCUACUAGUCAAAGAGGAGACAAUAGAAGACGGACCAGAGAGCAUUGACCUGCUGAGUGGACUUAAGAUGGGGGAGCAAGGUGGUUGGCUGGAGGCUAACAGAGAAGACUGGGCAGCCAUCUUAGAUUCCCAGAACCAGGCCGGUGCAGCCAGGGACCCGGGGGACAACAUCACAGAGCAGGCCAGGACCAGAGGCAACAUAGUGGAGUCUGCAGUCCAUGAGGACCUGCUGAUAUCCGGUGUUGCUGGCAGGCGAGACUGGACCUCUGAGGCGGCUGGUCACAAACCUUGGCUCCGGAUCAGGACCCUGGAUCAGGAACCGUCACUUUUCCUUUCCGAGUCAGAAACAGAACCGAACCAUGAGGGACAGAGACUCCACCACAACCACCACACAGAACACAACCAGUGGACAGGUGGACUAAACAACCUCAGUCCUGGUGGUCAUCAGAUAGACAGAGGCUCCAGUCAUGGAUCCAGUCUGCAGCCCAGACCCUUCUCUUUACAGUCUCAGUGCAGGGAUGAAGCAGGGCCUGCGGCUGAUAGAGAUAGACCCUCCUGUUCUUAUGAUACAAACACCACAGUAUCCAUGAUGAACAGAGCAGGUCACCCUGGGCUUCAGUCUUCACAGAGAGUAGUGGGAGACACCCCCGGUGAGAGUCGAACAGGAAGUCUGUCUUCUCCUUCAGGAUCUUGUCUAAUGCCUGGUGAAUGGGUUCAUAGAGGGCCUGGACCUGGGUCUAGCCUUCCUCAGUUACCUCAUGGUUACCCCACCAAUACAGACAGGAUCAGGAUGAGCGUUCACCACAAGAGGUACCUAUCCUAUAACACAGCACACAAUCCCAACAACACCCAAACAAUGGCUAGAGGUCAAGGAGGGAGCUUAAAGACUAACCACCUGAGGGGGGUGACUCCUGCUUCUGCCUCAUCUGGUGUCAUUGGGUCACAACGUGGGAGGCCGUGUAUUAGGACAGACGCCGACAAGCCAUACGCCUGCCCCACAUGUGGGAAGCGCUUCGCUAGGGCAGACUAUUUGAGGGAGCACCAGACCGUUCACACCAAGGACAAGCCCUUCAAGUGCAAACUAUGUUACAAGAGCUUCUCCUUCCUGACUAACCUUAUCAGACAUAGGAGUGUCCACAACCGGGAGAAAUUGUAGCAGUGUGACUCGAGAUGUACGCAGGGGAUAUCUGGGAACUAUUCUUAAGUUGACAUAUACAGUGGGGAGAACAAGUAUUUGAUACACUGCCGAUUUUGCAGGUUUUCCUACUUACAAAGCAUGUAGAGGUCUGUAAUUUUUAUCAUAGGUACACUUCAACUGUGAGAGACGGAAUCUAAAACAAAAAUUCAGAAAAUCACAUUGUAUGAUUUUUAAGUAAUUCAUUUGCAUUGUUGUAACAGUAUAACUGUAGUCCGUCCCCUCGCCCCGACUCGGGCGCGAACCAGGGACCCUCUGCACAUAUCAACAACAGUCACCCAAGAAGCAUCGUUACCCAUCGCUCCACAAAAGCCGCGGCCCUUGCAGAGCAAGGGGAACCACUACUUCAAGGUCUCAGAGCAAGUGACGUCACCGACUGAAAGGCUGCUAGCGCGCACCACCGCUAACUAGCUAGCCAUUUCACAUCGGUUACAUAGUCAUGGCUCUAUGUAGUACUGUGCGCCUCCCAUAGUCUGUUCUGGACUUGGGGACUGUGAAGAGACCUCUGGUGGCAUGUCUUGUGGGGUAUGGAUGGGUGUCUGAGCUCUGCGAGCAUUUUAAACAGACAGCUCGGUACAUUCAGCUUGUCAACACCUCUUACAAAAGCAAGUAAUGAGGAAGUCAAUCUCUCUUCCACUUUGAGCCAUAAGAAAUUGACAUGCAUGUCAUUAAUGUUAGCUCUCCGUGUACUUUUAAGGGCCAGCUGUGCUGCCCUGUUCUAAGCCAACUGCAAUUUUCCCAAGUCCCUCUUUUUGGCACCUGACCACACGACUGAACAGUAGUCCAGGUGCGACAAAACCAGGGCCUGUAGGAUCUGCCUUGUUGAUAGUGUUGUUAAGAAGGCAGAGCUGUGCGUUAUUAUGGAAAGACUUCUCCCCAUCUUAGCUACUGUUGUAUCAAUAUGUUUUGACCAUGACAGUUUACAAUCCAGGGUUACUCCAAGCAGUUUAGUCACCACAACUUGCUCAAUGUCCACAUUAUUCAUUACAAGAUGUAGUUGAGGUUUAGGGUUUGGUGAAUGAUUUGUCCCAAAUACAAUGCUUUUAGUUUUGGAAAUAUUUAGGACGAACUUAUUCCUUGCCACCCAUUCCGAAACUAACUGCAGCUCUUUGUUAAGUGUUGCAGUCAUUUCAGUUGCUGUAGUAGUUGACGUGUAUAGUGUUGAGUCAUCCGCAUACAUAGACACACUGGCCUUACUCAAAGCCAGUGGCAUGUCGUGAAGUAAAGAUAAAGUUUAAA